AUGUCUAUCAGAACACUUGCUCAGCCUAUGAGUCGCAGCUUGGCGCAAGCAGGAAAGAAAUCUGUUCCUGCUACCUUUAGGGCAUUCUCGACGUCUCAGGCGGUCCGCGCGGAGACGCCGCCAGAGGAUGAUCCGAAGAAGGGGGGCAAGACUUUUUGGUCUGCCCUUCUAUACGGCUCUGCAGCCGCCAAAUCCGAAGGUCUUACCGCUCCCAAGUCCGCAGCUGCUGCCCAGGCCCACUCGAAACUCAUCGGACGUGGCAAAUACGUGCACGAGGUGGUGACGCACCACAUUCACCCUGCGGCGCGGGAAGCCUACCUCGCUGCAGCGGACAAGUACUACCGUGCGUUGCUGGCGCGUGCGCCGGAAUUUGGAGGGAUCAAAGUGACGGGCGCGUGGGAGGUGGUCGUGGGGAGUGUAGGGGAGUUUGUCCAUAUCUUUGAGUAUGAGGGGUACAAGGGGUUCGAUGAGGCUCAGGCGAGGUUCCGGGGUGAUGAGGAAAUGGCAUCUCUCCAAGCCGCGCUUCUGCCGCAUCUCCAGUCGAGGCAACAUCAGCUCGUAUCGGAAUUCUCAUUCUGGCCCUCGUCCCCUCCGAGGGAUAGUGGCUUCAAGGAUGGCGGUGUGUUUGAGAUGCGGACGUACAGACUGCAUCCGGGAAAGUUGCUCGAAUGGGAGAAUGCAUGGAGGCGAGGUCUAGAGGCUAGGCGGAGGUUUGUGUCCCCGGUCGGCGCAUUCUUCUCGCAAGUUGGGCAGCUGCACGAAGUCCACCACAUUUGGCAAUACCCCGAUAUGGAGACACGGAAAGCCACAAGGGAGCAGGCCUGGUCUGUCGGAACAUGGAGCGACACCGUGCAAGAGACUGUCAAGCUCACUCGCGACAUGAAGACCUCGAUCCUCAAGCCCUUGGCGUGGUCUCCACUCCGCUAA